GUUCUGCAAAUUCUCAGGGAAGGACUCUCCGGCCAAUUAUAAAUACCUAUCUUCCAUCUUAUCCUCAUCAAUCUUCAUAUCUUCUUCUCUAUUUUUCUUUCUUUCUCAUUUCCAGUCUUCUUUCAUAAUGACUAUUCUCAUUGAGCAACCACACUUUGGGUUUAAGGUAGAUGAAAAGAUCCCUGGUGAUAAGAAAGAACUGGUGCUGGAUGGUGGAUUUGUGGUGCCACAGACCAACGCUUUUGGCCAAACUUUUAGAGACUAUGAUGCUGAAGGUGAGAGGCAACCAGGUGUGGAGAGUUUCUACAGGAUUAAUCACAUUUGCCAAACCUAUGACUUUGUGAAAAGGAUGAGAGAAGAGUAUGGGAAGCUGAACAGAGUGGAAAUGAGCAUAUGGGAAUGUUGUGAACUUCUUAAUAAUGUUGUAGAUGAGAGUGAUCCUGACUUGGAUGAACCUCAAAUUGAGCAUUUGCUGCAAACAGCUGAAGCCAUUAGAAAGGAUUAUCCCAAUGAAGACUGGCUGCACUUGACUGGCCUUAUUCACGAUCUUGGAAAGGUGCUGCUUCAUCCCAUCUUUGGUGAGCUUCCUCAGUGGGCAGUUGUUGGUGACACUUUCCCUGUUGGGUGUGCUUUUGACGAAUCAAUAGUUCAUCACAAGUAUUUCAAGGAAAAUCCUGACUACAAUAAUCCUGUUUACAACACAAAAUAUGGAGUUUAUUCAGAAGGAUGUGGAUUAAACAAUGUUAUGAUGUCAUGGGGACAUGAUGAUUACAUGUAUCUGGUGGCAAAGGAGAACAAGACAACUCUACCUUCAGCUGCUCUUUUCAUCAUCAGAUACCAUUCAUUCUAUGCAUUACAUAGGUCAGGAGCAUACAGGCACUUGAUCAAUGAAGAGGACAAAGAAAAUCUAAAGUGGCUCCAAAUUUUCAACAAAUAUGACCUCUACAGCAAGAGUAAGGUUCAGAUAGAUGUGGAAAAGGUCAAGCCAUACUACACCUCCCUCAUUGAAAAGUACUUCCCAGCAAAGCUAAAAUGGUGAAGAUUCUUGAAAAAUUCCAAGCUCUAUCAGAGAAGAUGAGGAUGCUUACUUGCUUGUAGAAAUUAAGGAGCGUUCCCUGGAAAAAUCUGUUGCAGGAAUAACAGUUUCUGUACAUCUACAUAUAUCUCGAGUGUGAUAAUUUACUAUUUGUUUGCUGAUUCUGACAAAUAAAUUUAGGUUAUUAAGUGGUUUUAAA